AUGACGGUAGAACCGUCAACCGAAUUCGUGUACACAGUACAUGAUAGAGGAAGGCGAUUCAUUCUUAAUUUGAAUAGCAAAACUUGCAGUUGUAAUAUGUUUCAACCAGAUGAAAUCCCCUGCCCGCAUGCAUGGGCUGUCAAUAAAAAGAAAAAUUUGGUUGCUCAUGAUUAUUGCUCUGAUUUGUUCAAACCGGAGACCGUGUUGAAGACAUAUGAUAUACCUGUGGAUCCUCUACCUGACGAGUGUGAAUGGAACAUUCCCAAAAACAUCUUGGAGGAUGUGGUUUUGCCACCAAGAUACAAAAGACUGCCUGGUAGGCCAAAGAAGAGGCCUACCCAUACAAGAGACCGCCUGGUGUUCAUGUAUUUUUAA